AACGUUCAGUGGUGUUCCACAGCAUUCGCCAUAUUUGACAGAGCUUCGUCGAAUACAUUUACGCAAAUAUUUUUCUGCAGCACGACUAGGUGAAUUCCUGGAACAUUGCGUCCAAUUUAAGGAGAUGCGCCAUUGUACAACUUUGUACUCCCCGGGUGUUUGGCUUGACGAGUACAGCUGGGAGGAAAGAAUGGACUAUCGCAAGCGGAAGAUGCGGGAUUCGCACAGUAGCGAACGAGAAAACAAGCACAGAAGAACUCACAGACACCACAAGUCUAAUGAUGGCCUCUUCCUGGAGAACCGCAGUUUAAACCACAGUCUUGAGUCACGUGGGAAGCACAACCAGGACUACAGUUUGGACACGGCUUGUGCGGAAGACAGCCGUUAUUGUACCUUCAAGGAACGAGAUCGUGACUGGCACCAUUACAGCAAGUCGUCCGGACGUAGCGGGCUCAGCGGCCGCAGUCACAGGAGCAGGCGAAGCAGACAUAGAGACAGACGACACAGGCGUAGUCAUUCUCGCCACCGGUCCUCCUCGAGGAGGAGCCAUCGCCGCAGGAGCAGGAAAAGAUCCAGGAGUGUUGAGGAUGAUGACGAGGGUCACCUCAUCUAUCACAAUGGAGACAUGCUGAAAGCGAGAUAUGAGAUUGUGAGUACUCUUGGAGAGGGUGCCUUUGGGAAGGUGGUUGAGUGCAUUGAUCACCUAAAUAACGGUGCUCAAGUGGCUCUGAAGAUUAUUAAAAACAUUGAACGCUACCGAGACGCAGCAAAGUCUGAGGUAGCUGUGCUCGAACAGCUCAAGUCUCUCGACGCUCAGAGCAGAUAUGCUUGUGUUCACAUGUUGGACUGGUUUGACUAUCACGGUCAUAUCUGCAUCGCCUUUGAGCUGCUUGGCCUCAGCACCUACGAUUUCCUCAAGGAGAACAACUUCCAGCCGUUCCCCAUCGAGCACAUCAGACGAAUGGCCUACCAGAUCAUCCGUGCUGUCAAAUUUCUCCAUAAACAUAAGCUGACUCACACGGACCUGAAGCCUGAGAAUAUUCUGUUCAUUGAUUCAGAAUAUGAGCUAGAGUAUAAUUCAUCAAAGAAACGAGAUGAACGGACAUUGAAGAGACCGGAUAUAAAAAUAGUGGAUUUUGGAAAUGCCACAUACGAACACGAGCAUCAUACAUCUGUGGUGUCCACGCGUCACUACCGGGCCCCCGAAGUCAUUUUAGAUCUCGGCUGGGAUCAUUCCUGCGAUGUCUGGAGCGUGGGCUGUAUCCUCAUUGAAUACUACCUUGGUUCAACUCUUUUCCAGACUCAUGACAGCAAGGAGCACCUGGCUAUGAUGGAGAGGGUCCUGGGCCCCAUUCCUACCAGUCUCCUUCAUAAAAGCAGAAAACAGCGGUAUGUCCACCGCAGCAAGCUGGACUGGGAUGUCGACAGCUCGGCUGGCAGAUACGUCCGGAAGCACUGCAAACCACUCAGGCGUUACAUGGUUUCACAAAACGAGGACCACCAGCAGCUGUUUGACCUUCUGGAGAAGUUGUUGGAAUACGACCCAGCAAAGCGCAUCACCCUGGACAAGGCCCUCCAACACCAAUUUUUCUCCUGCUACCAAGACAGCAGCAGCGGCAGCAGCGCAAGCGGUAGCAACACCAAAAAACACUGAAGCGCCAUUUUCCAAAAAGGAUGCUCAACGCCCAGCCUCAACGUCCUCACUCUCCGGGAGAGGUGAACGUACGCAGACUGUAUCAGUCCUCAGCCCUGCAUUGCUGUACCCUUGUCCUUGGCCAAGAAUAUUCAUUGACAUGUCAAUCAUUGGAUAUUUCUGUCUGCUUUGUAUAUUUGCCAUAUGCUAAAGUACAGCCUGUGGAUGGUUCAAAUCAUGUUUUUUUUCUAUUGUACAGUCCCUAAUAAUAAUAAUAAUAAUGGGUUGGUCUUGACUGUUAAACUGUAUUGCCUUUGUAUCAGCAGCAUUGUAUUGUAAAAAGUUAUGAGGCAGAAUAUCUGUGUACAUAGAUUUUAUUAUAUAUUUUUGGGGGUCACUGACUGGUCUCAUUUGUUUUCUCAAUAAAUGAUAAUUACUAAUGGA